AUGGAAUCGUCGAAGCAUUCUCUGAUCCCUAGCUUCCUCUAUUCCUCAUCCUCGUCGCCGAGAUCUUUCCUCCUCGACCAGGUGCUGAAUUCCAACUCCAACGCUGCGUUCGCCUCCUCCAAUCUCGAGAAGGCUCCUUCGCCAGCCGCGCGUUCCUCCCCCACCACGAUGCUGUCUCAGAAGAACUUCCUUAUCGCGUCUCCCACGGAGCCAGGGAAGAAGAUCGAGAUGUACUCACCUGCCUUCUACGCCGCAUGUACCUUCGGUGGAAUUCUCAGCUGUGGUCUGACUCACAUGACCGUUACCCCUCUCGAUCUCGUCAAGUGCAAUAUGCAGAUUGACCCGGCGAAGUACAAGAGCAUCUCGUCUGGUUUUGGAAUUUUGCUGAAAGAGCAAGGAGUCAAAGGCUUUUUCCGUGGAUGGGUCCCUACUCUGUUGGGUUACAGUGCUCAGGGUGCGUGCAAGUUUGGAUUCUACGAGUACUUUAAGAAGACCUACUCUGAUCUUGCUGGACCUGAGUACACUGCCAAAUACAAAACCCUCAUCUACCUUGCCGGUUCUGCCUCUGCUGAAGUCAUUGCCGAUAUUGCACUUUGCCCAUUCGAAGCUGUCAAGGUCCGGGUUCAGACACAGCCUGGAUUUGCCAAGGGAAUGUCUGAUGGGUUUCCCAAGUUUAUCAAGUCCGAAGGAUUCGGAGGCUUGUACAAAGGUCUUGGUCCACUCUGGGGACGUCAGAUUCCAUACACUAUGAUGAAGUUUGCUUCGUUUGAGACCAUUGUGGAGAUGAUCUACAAGUACGCAAUCCCCAACCCGAAGGAUCAGUGCAGCAAGGGUCUGCAACUCGGAGUGAGUUUUGCAGGAGGUUAUGUUGCUGGAGUGUUCUGUGCCAUUGUCUCCCACCCUGCAGAUAAUCUGGUGUCGUUUCUCAACAAUGCCAAGGGAGCAACCGUUGGAGAUGCAGUGAAGAAGAUAGGAAUGUUGGGACUGUUCACAAGAGGACUUCCUCUGAGAAUUGUGAUGAUAGGGACAUUGACUGGAGCACAGUGGGGAUUAUACGAUGCCUUCAAAGUGUUUGUUGGCCUGCCAACCACCGGCGGUGUUGCUCCAGCCCCUGCCCCUGCCCCUGCCAUCGCAGCUGCUGAAACCUAA